CUCUGCGGGCGGGAGGGCUCGCAGCUUCGUGGAGUCCGAAUGGGCGUAGUUUCGGCCGACCCUCCUUGCGCGAGAGCUGCCUAGACGCCGCAAGUUGGUUUUUUGUGAUUCCUCUCCUGCUCUCCUGCCUCUUUUGAGUCUUUAGAUCUGUGGCUGCAUCGCGCAUUUCGGUCACUAAGCCAAGCCGGUGGGGAGCCUGGGGCACGAGUCCGCGCUCCCGGCGGCGGUGGAGGAUUCGGGAUGGAACUGGAAUCCCGAUCUGGGAGAAACGGGCUCCUCCAGCUCCCUCCUCACCCUGGAUGGAAGCUUUUGGCAGACGCUGGUUCUUGAAGAGGUCGCAGGCGGUACGGAGGCACCGACCCGGCCUCCGAGGAGCUGGCCUCCAGAUCUCAAAAAGAAAGGGGAAUCACGUUUUUUUUUUUUUUAACUGUAGUAGUUUAAAGAGGACGGAAGAACAAUGGCUGCGGAAAGUGUUCCUUCUGAGCUCAUAGAAAGAGAACGGAAAAAGUUACUUGAAAUCCUCCAACAAGAUCCUGAUUCUGUCUUAGACACAUUAACCUCUCGGAGGCUGGUUUCUGAGGAAGAGUAUGAGACGCUGGAGAAUAUUACAGAUCCCCUGAAGAAAAGUCGAAAGCUGUUAAUUUUGGUACAGAAAAAGGGAGAGGUGUGCUGUCAGCAUUUCCUCAAGUGUUUACUUAGUACUUUUCCAGAGUCAGCUACCAUUUGGGGCUUAGAGCAUGAACUUUUAAAGCAUGAGAAUAUACAACCUCCUCAACCUAUAGGGGUAAACAAGAAUUCAGAAGAUUUUUUUUCCUCUGGAGAGAAACAGCCUGAGAAUCCUGAGAUCACAGUAUUCUUCACAGAGAAAGAACACUUGGAUAUGGGAAUCUCUGAAUCCUUUGGGGAGAAGAAAACUAGUCAUAAAGAGACUGCUUGGACCUCCAGCGAAGAUGAGAAGGAAUACAACAUGCCUGAAGUCAUAUCACCACAUUCAGUUGAGAACCCCGAAUAUGAAAUUCCAGCAACUGUUGUUUAUUUACAGGAUGGACAGAGAUAUGAGAAGCCAGAUGAUUCUUUGUACUUAGGAAGAGAGGAAUAUCUAGAAUCCGUUGGAUACUCAGAAGAUGCAGAGCCUGCUGUGGAAGAAGAGGAUUAUAAUGACUCAGAGCACAGAGUUUAUGAUGGCGAAGAAGGCUGGACAUAUUCAGAAACCCUGCACUUCUCUGAGGAAGAACAGAGCUAUGAGGAUUCAGAAACUGGCAUGUCGCUGGAGGAGGAGGAGGAGGAGGAGGAGGAGGAGGAGGGAGAGGAGAAGGAGGAGGAGGAGGAGAAAAGGAUUGAAGAAAGAAAAAACGUGUUUCAAGAUGUCCUAUCAUGUUUAAACAUGGAUAGGAGCAGAAAGCUUCUGCCGGAUGUUGUUAAGCAAUUCUCCUCAGAUCGAGGAUGUAUGUGGACACCUGAGACUCCCGGAGACUUAGCUUGGAAUUUCCUGAUGAAAGUUCAAGCUCUGGAUGUGACAGCCAGAGAUACAGUCCUCAGACACAAGGUUCCGGAUGAAGAUGGCAAAGAAGAAUUGGUGACUGGGGUAGAGAAUUUGGAAAUCAGGGACGUACAAACCAUUCAUCCUUUUGAUGUUCUUUGUGCCUCUAUGCUCUGUUCAGACAGCUCCUUGCAGCGUGAAGUCAUGUCAAACAUGUAUCAGUGCGGGUUUGCUCUUCCCCUGCUCCUGCCAGAUGCAGAAAACAAUAAAAGCAUCUUAAUGCUAGGGGCCAUGAAGGACAUUGUGAAAAAGUGGUCAACACAGUCUUCAGGAGGACCUCCAGGGGACACAGAAAAGUUUCUGAAGAUACCUGUCAUCUCCUUUGUGCGCCUAGGGUACUGUAGCUUCUCCAAGUCCAGAAUCCUCAACAGACUGCUUGGUCCUGCCCAACUGAAAUCACACAAAAUCUUUCUCCAUCAGGAUUUUACUGUCCCAGUGCUUCCCCGGCAAAUCUCCGAUGGCCUGGUUGAGAUAACGUGGCAUUUUCCUGAGCGAGACUGUCUAAAGGAAAACCCUAGUUUUUUCCAGAAGCCUGUUGCUCUGGCCAACCUCCGUGGAGACCUAGAAAAUUUUUGGACACAGUUUGGUUUUUUGGUGGAAAUUUCUUCAGCUGUGUUUUUUUUCACUGACUACUUAGGUGAGAAGGAGUGGGACUUGCUAAUGUUUUUAGGAGAAGCUGCCACUGAGAGAUUGUACUUUGUCCUCAGUCCCCAGGCCCAGGAGAGUGAAGAGGCUCAGCUUUUCCAGAGGAUUCUAAAGUUGAAGCCAUCACAGCUACUGUUUUGGGAGGAGGAGGAAGCUGGGGGGAGAGGGAAGAACAUGGAGGGUCUUCAAGCUGCUCUGCAGGAAGUGAUGUCCUCUUCACUCAGAUGUGUGACCAUGGAGGAGAUGGGCUCCCUGGCCAGGGAGUUGGGAAUCCAGGUGGAUCAAGACUUUGAGAACGUUCAGGGAAUUCACAGUUCCUCUAGUGAAAACCUGGCUGAAGAUGAGAGACAACAAAGGCACGGUCAGUCAGAAAGCUCAUCUGAAAGCGCAGCUGAGAUGCCUGUAAGCGGGCCUGGGGCUAGCUGGAAUCUUCAGACUUUCCACCCCACCCCAGUACUCAUGCCUCCUCAGGAAAACUCCUAUCCUCUACCAACCAGAAUUGGAGGUAACUUUAACCAUAUGUCUCUGAAAGCCCCCUGGGUUAUGGGCUCCCACUUUUGGUCAGAGCAGAGGACCAGGUGGUUCCGUCCCUGGCCCUUUCAGAAAACAAGGGGCUAUGGUCGAGGUCAAAGUUUUAGGUCUCAGUACUUCCCACCCCAGAGAUUUUAUUCACCUGGAAGAUUUAUAAAAUUUCCAAGAACUUCUUGGGGAUAUUGCAUGGAUAAAACAAGACCUGUGUCUCAGCAUGUACAGGCCUGGCCUAAGAGACCGCAGGAGGACAGAACAAUGGGAGCUCUUAAAAGAUCUGGGGCAGUGGUCUCCCACAUAGGUCACUUCCAUUCCCUGGGUUUGCAGCCAGCAGGAACAGUUGGGAAGCCACAGCCUAAACAAGCCUAUGCCCAGAGAACACAGCCAACUAGGGCAACUGGGAAACCUAUAAAAACAACAUCCCAUAUUAAAGGUCUUUACCCCCAGGCCUUUCAACCAGCAGGAGCCAUACAAAAACCUAUAAGACCUGCUUUUCAGCAAGGAGCCAAACUGAAGGCACAGGAUGGGCCUUCAAAUCCAACUUUCCAAAUGGGAUCCUAUCCCAAGUCCAACAGCAAAUGUUUACCCAGCUCCCAGUUCACAUCCAACCAGCCCAAGCCAUUCCAGGUCAACCAAUCCCAGCCUGUGCCCUCUCAACCCAAACCCACGCACACAAAACCCACUCAUCCCCGGCCCUCCCAAGCUAAACCCUCUCCACCUAAACCUACUCAGCCCAAGCCAUACCCACCCCAGGCCUCCCAAUCUAAGCCUUCUCAGCCCAGACCUGCUCAGCCCAAGCCAUGCUCACCCCAGGCCUCCCAAUCCAAGCCUUCUCAGCCCAGACCUGCUCAGCCCAAGCCAUGCUCACCCCAGGCCUCUCAAUCCAAGCCUUCUCAGCCCAGACCCGCUCAGCCCAAGCCAUGCUCACCCCAGGCCUCCCAAUCCAAGCCUUCUCAGCCCAGGACCACUCAACCCAAGUCAUGUAGGACCAGUCCUUCACAGGCUAAGACAAACAAUCUAAGAGCAGCACCCAAGAGGGCAGGAAAACGUUAAAGUGCUCACUCUAGAGACCUAUGAAACAAAUCCUUCAUCCAGGCCAUUGCUGUCAUAUGGUAACCUGAAGAAGAAUGGCAGAGAUGGUCAGAGAUUCCUAUCAUUAACAUGACAGAAAGAAAGAAAAAAAAAGAUAUGCACAGCUUAACUGGUAUCACUAAAAUAUCUGUAAGAAUUGUGUCUACCAAAAGAAAAAAUAUGAAAAGAAUUAAGAAUAGAAUCAGGGAGUAAAUAAAUUAACUGAACCCAGCCUCAAGUAUUAGGUAAUAUAUAGCCUGAUUGCCAGGAAAGGUGCUGUUGAGGCGACUCCAUAAAAUAAGGCUCAGCAGCUCAGUGUUACAAGAAAAACUUAUGCUCGAUGUUUGCUCUCCAGAGGUGUCUUGGUCAAAACUUUUUGGUUCAGCCACUAAGCAGAUAAUCUAUUUACCUGUGAUAACAGCUCCAGUUUGCUCAGAUGUUAUAAUUCUCUCAUUUUACCCUUACAUACAGGAAUAAUGAGCUGAAAACCAAUGAGAUGAGUUAUUUUGCAUUUACUUGGGUAUGAUUUGUGUAUGUUUUAUACAUUUUUUAAAAAGAUUUUUUAUUUUUUAUUUGACAGACAGAGAUCACAAGUAGACA